CACCGAAAAACUAAAUUAGUACUUUAAAAUUCUGAAAUUGUUGAGUUCACUGGUAAGACGAGGGAAGAUGUCCUAAAAGGAAUCCAUGCCGUUGCCUCUACAGCUGUAACUUGUCUUCAAAGCUAAAACGCUACCCUUUUUUUUAAUUUAUUGUUCCAAACGACACAGAACAACAAACAAACCGAAACAACAGUUUACAGCUUUCUGGGUAUCGAGCGAAACUAAAAACUUUGGCUGUCGGAGACUCGGCGUGUCAUACUUUCAGUUUAAGCAGAAGAGAUGUCAUGCUUAAAGCAUCUCUGGGAAGAUGUUGCAACUCAACUUUCAGUGCUGCAAAUGCCUGGCGUUUUAUCUUUUGCAGGUCUAAACUAAAUUUUAGAAACGCUGCUUCAUCACAGUUCUUCACCGAGAUUGGCUAAUUCUUUGCUCUAAUAUAUCAGUAACUUGGUUCAGGGACAGAAAUUGAUAUAUUUUUAUCUAACAAAUGACAGAAACUUUAAGUUAUACAGCCUGCAGACAGUUAUCUCAGAUGUUCUUGGCAAUAAUUUUCUUUCAUAGUUCAGAAUACAUCCUAGCAAUUGCCAUUCAUGGGAGAUCAAAUGUUACUUUCAAAUCAUUUCUCAUCAGCAAAAAUUAUCUUUCUGCUAUGAUCCUUUCAUUGCUGGAGUACUUCCUUGAAAUUGUUCUAUUUCCUGGGUUGAAGGAACACUGGUGGAUAAGUGACACAGGUCUUGCAAUGGUGGUAAUAGGGGAGAUUAUACGAAAGUUGGCAAUUAUAACUGCUGGUCAAGCCUUCACGCAUCUUAUCAAGGUUUACCACGAGGAGCAUCAUCAACUAAUUACUCACGGAGUCUAUAGAUUUGUCCGUCAUCCAGGGUACUCUGGUUUCCUCAUUUGGUCAGUUGGCACUCAGAUAAUGCUCUGCAAUCCCAUAUCCACAAUCGCUUUUGCAAUUGUUGUUUGGCAAUUCUUUGCAGAAAGAAUACCUUAUGAAGAGUUUUUCUUAAAGCAGUUUUUUGGGUCAGACUAUGAGGAUUAUGCACUUCGGGUCCCUUCUGGGGUGCCAUUUGUAAAAUGAAGAUUUAUGAAUUCCGUUGGUAGGGCUGGAUUUGUCUUUCUAUUAGCUUUCUGAGUAGGGAUUCAUUCCGACUUUUGAGAUUGAAACGAUUAGCAGUAACUGGAGCAAGAUUUUCCUAAUAUUGCUGCCUCUUAAUUUCCUUGUAGUUGUAGACUUUUAACGUGGGUCGGAUGAUGGUCUUUAAUCAUGGUGGGAGAAUCUUCUUAGGGAUAGGCGGGAAUUGGCCCUUAAGUACGUGCUGGAUUCACUGAGGCGUUAUAUUCAGGCUCUUCAAGAGUACUGAUCUUAAAAUCUGAAAUAGUAUUCUCUGUGCAUUUAACUUAAUUGGUAUGACUGUGAAAAACCAUACUGUUGGUUUUCAAAAAUAUGAACUCAGGGGUCCUAUUCUUGUCACCAGACGAGAAAGUGUCAUUCUUAUGGUGAUGCUGUUUAUGACGUAAUGUUGCUGGAUUAGAAUUUUUCAUUCUGCUACUGAUGCUGUAAUAAGCCUGUAAUUCUGCCAGAUCAGGCCUUUUCAUUUUGUGAUACUGUAACGUCUGUGGAUUACAGAAUAAAGAAAGCCGUUGAUGGCCUUA